AUGGGCGCGGAUUCUGUACAGAAGAAUGGCCGAAGCCCUGACUCCAAAGAGGCACCGCCGUCGUACGACAGUGCAAAUGCGGCCCCACCAGAACUCGAUGAUGUUACCGCUGGAUUCGCCAACUUGACGCUCUCCCCAGGACCCCAGGACCCCAACACCGACACAUGCCUGGCACACCUCAAGCUUCUCUACGCCUUCCAGACGCUGAAAGAGGACAUAGGAUACACAGAUGGGCUCUGGGGCUUAUGGAACACUCGGGCAGAGGGCAUCGACCCCACACCCAAUCUCGACGGCAAAUCGUCUGACUCGGGGAACGGCGCAUCAAACCAUGAGCCACUAAGCCGUGAACAAGAGCAGCAGCUGGCUCUCAGCCAAGUGAGAGAGAAACGAUGGGCGUUGUUUGUCGCGCGCGCAGUCGACCGCUAUGAAAGCUGGUGGGGUUCAAUGAAGGAUCAGUUUCCCCUUCAAGAGGGAGAUAUGGAAUAUGAUGGAGCAGCCGCAUAUGAUCUCUUUCCUAUGCCGAUGCAAGGCGUCUUGUGGAAGAACGAGCCACUGCCACCCUUGGAUGUUUUGCUUGUCUGGCAUUCACACAUGCUCAACCCACGGGCCUAUCUCGAGGAUUGCAUGCGAGCAGGUCUCCGGGACCUUUGGUCUCACGGCAUGCCAUGGCAUCUGGUUAACGCUGCGAUCGAUUCCAGUUUCAAUUAUGUCGUUUCCGAUGACGUCAAGGCUCUCUGGGUUGCCAAAACGGAGCGACCGUGGGAUAAUGUUGAAGAUAGCCCUGUCAAGAGAGUGGUGUGUCCUUAUUGCCAAACGCAUCUGGAUAUUCCAUGGACAACUUGCGGGGCAGACGAGACGACCAAGGCUUCCUCUCUGCCUUCUCUUGUCGGCUCCGGUUAUGGCGACGGCUCCCUCGACUAUGCAUGUCAUGGUUGCGCUCUAAAUAUGAACAAGGAUUUAUUGAGCGUCAUCAAGUUUAGGAACGACAUGCAAAAGCUGAUGAUAAAAGGAGUGCCCAUGCCUGGAACCAUACUGGAUCCUCAAUCAGGCAAGCCAGAGACUUACAGGAGCAGAGUCACGCAAGCUGUAUUCGACAGACACCAUGACCCGAUCAGGCUUCCCAACCGACUGGUUCAGCAGGUGAUUUGCUUCCGACUAGGCGAGCUCAUCGAAAGUAGGAGACCAGCUUCGAUGGAGGACAUUCGCCAAGAAAUAGAAAGAGCUCUCCGAGAUCGCACCAGAGUGAACGCCCUGGUGAUGAAGACUUCGGGGCACUACAAGCUUGGCACAAAGCUGGUCCCCAAGUCCCGUCUCGCCAUUCGAAAAAUGAUGAGCCGGUACUGGGAUAAUUUCUCUCCGUUUGCACUUGACCUGUCCGGGGCGGUGAUGCGGCAGGGUAUUUUCGUGGAGAAGAUGUACCGUCUCGAUUGGCUACAUUCGCCUGUUGCCUCGCAGACCAUGGCUCGGAUCUGUACCAAAUACAUGAGAUUCCUUAAGCUGAUGGACAGUAAUCCCGGCAAGCUGUGCGUUCCGACACUUGACGUUGACCUUGGAUGGCAUACCCACCAACUUUCGCCCUCAGCAUAUUACACAAUGACCACCACAUCUUCCCAAUCCAAAUUCGUCGACCACGACGACAAGAUCAAUGAAGACGAGCUCAGCCAAGCGUUCGAAUGGACAAGUAAGACGUAUCAGAAGUUAUACAAUGAAGUAUAUUCCGAAUGUACCUGCUGGUAUUGCGAGACAGUUCGAUCUUCUCACAUUUCAUCCAUUGGCAAGGCUUUUGGGCUCUCGUCGAGCGAAAAAGUUGCGGAUGAGUUCUACGAGUCAGCGGCCGCCAAGUCGUGUGAUACCGAGAACUCUGCCCACAUCAGCUCCCACAACGCCGUAACGUCCAGGGCGAUAGACCCAGAUAACCCAUCCAUGCGCUCUUCCAUGUUCGUCCGCAGCAAGGCCCAGAAGGCAUAUCAGCGUCGUCUAGAUGAGAAUUACGAGAAGGCGUGCAAGCGGGCCGAGAAAAAAGGGCGGAAGCUCCCACCGAGGGACACUUACUACAGCCACUGGGGAUAUCCAUACGCAGCAUAUGGCCCUUUUAUGUACCCGAUGUACUUCACCCCUGGUAUAUACUAUGGUGCCGACCCUAACGUCGAGCGUGUGCAGGGGGCAGUUGUGGUGGUGGAGUCGCUGCCGGAGCUUGCGGCGGUGCAGGAGGCUGCGGCAACGCUGGAGGAUGCAGCGGAGGCGAUGGAGGAGGAGGAGGGGGAUGUGGAGGAGGUUGUGGAGGAGGAGGUGGAGGAUGCGGUGGUGGAGGAGGAGGAUGUGGUGGUGGUGGUGGAGGGGGCUGUGGAGGAGGAGGCGGUUCAUGAUGAAGUGAAUUUGCAAUAUCGUCAAUAG